AUGACUAAACUCCCUCCCUCUCCUAUCUACCGCCUAAAAUGUAAAACUCAAUCAUACGACUGGGGAAAAUUGGGCGAUGUAUCCAAAGUGGCAAAAUUCGCAGAAAAAUCAGGAACCAUUGUUGAUCCUUCUCUACCUUAUGCUGAAUUGUGGAUGGGAACUCAUCCAAACGCGCCCUCCAUUGUGAUGAAUGAGGAUGAGGAUACUCUUAGAGACAUCAUUAGAGAUCAUCCUGAGCUCAGUACAGAAGAUAUUUAUGAAAAAUAUGAAAGUGAUCUCCCGUUUCUUUUCAAGAUUCUCUCUAUUCGUAAAGCACUCUCUAUCCAAGCCCACCCAGACAAAACACUGGGCGCUCGAUUAUUCAGAGACUUCCCAGAUAACUACAAGGAUCCUAAUCACAAGCCUGAGAUGGCAAUUGCCUUGACGCCGUUUGAAGCUUUGUGUGCCUUUAGACCACUGAAUGAGAUUGGUUACCAUUUGGAGACGUACCCUGAAUUCGCAGCUAUUGUGGGACCUGAAGCAACAGACUCAUUUUUGUCUAUCAUGGAUUCUGAUGAUGUGGAGAUAAAUAAGUCUGCACUUAAAAAUGUAUUUUCUGCCCUGAUGAACAGUCCUCAAGAUAGAGUUAAAGAGCUCCUUACAGAUAUGAUAGACCGUCUCAAAGACAUGGAAGACAGAAACGAAUUAGCCAAUCUUAUCCUGCGACUCGAUCAACAAUACCCAGGCGGCGACGUUGGUGUAUUUGCAGUUCUUUUGCUAAAUUAUAUCAAAAUGGAACCAGGCCAGGCUAUCUUCUUGGGUGCUAAUGAGCCACACGCCUAUUUGUCAGGAGAUUGCGUAGAGUGUAUGGCUGCAAGUGACAAUGUUGUCCGGUCUGGGCUGACGCCUAAGUUUAAGCACGUAGAUGUUUUGGUAGAUAUGUUAACCUACCGCUAUGGCUCAGCUGAAUCACAGAAGAUGACCCCAGUUCAAUUCAGUGAUUAUUCACUACUUUAUGACCCACCAAUCGAAGAAUUCUCUGUCAUUUUGUCCUCUCAGAAUCCUGGCGAUGUAGAGCAUGAAAAGGCUAUUCAGGGUCCUAGUAUCCUGAUUGUCACACAAGGUGGCGAGGGAAUUCCAGAAGCAGAGACGACAUAUUCUCUUGAAGAAGGCUAUGUUUACUUUAUCGGUGCCAAUACCCCAAUAUCUGCCAUCGCUGGUGAUAAUGGCUUAGAAUUCUACAGGGCUUUUACUGUUCUUCCUAAAUUAGAAGAAUAA